AUGAGAAGGCAAGGAGAAGAAGGCAAGGAGAAGAAGGCAAUGAGAAGGCAAGGAGAAGGCAAGGAGAAGAAGGCAAUGAGAAGGCAAGUAGAAGAAGGCAAUGAGAAGAAGGCGGCGAGGGAGAAGGCGGCGAGGGAGAAGGCGGCGAGGGAGAAGGCGGCGAGGGAGAAGGCGGCGAGGGAGAAGGCGGCGAGGGAGAAGGCGGCGAGGGAGAAGGCGGCGAGGGAGAAGGCGGCGAGGGAGAAGGCGGCGAGGGAGAAGGCGGCGAGGGAGAAGGCGGCGAGGGAGAAGGCGGCGAGGGAGAAGGCGGCGAGGGAGAAGGCGGCGAGGGAGAAGGCGGCGAGGGAGAAGGCGGCGAGGGAGAAGGCGGCGAGGGAGAAGGCGGCGAGGGAGAAGGCGGCGAGGGAGAAGGCGGCGAGGGAGAAGGCGGCGAGGGAGAAGGCGGCGAGGGAGAAGGCGGCGAGGGAGAAGGCGGCGAGGGAGAAGGCGGCGAGGGAGAAGGCGGCGAGGGAGAAGGCGGCGAGGGAGAAGGCGGCGAGGGAGAAGGCGGCGAGGGAGAAGGCGGCGAGGGAGAAGGCGGCGAGGGAGAAGGCGGCGAGGGAGAAGGCGGCGAGGGAGAAGGCGGCGAGGGAGAAGGCGGCGAGGGAGAAGGCGGCGAGGGAGAAGGCGGCGAGGGAGAAGGCGGCGAGGGAGAAGGCGGCGAGGGAGAAGGCGGCGAGGGAGAAGGCGGCGAGGGAGAAGGCGGCGAGGGAGAAGGCGGCGAGGGAGAAGGCGGCGAGGGAGAAGGCGGCGAGGGAGAAGGCGGCGAGGGAGAAGGCGGCGAGGGAGAAGGCGGCGAGGGAGAAGGCGGCGAGGGAGAAGGCGGCGAGGGAGAAGGCGGCGAGGGAGAAGUUGGCUGUGCCAGAAGAUAAUUCAAAAAAGUGA